AUGGCAUUUACGGUCAAGGGCAGAACUGCUGUUGUGACGGGAGCAGGCUCGGGAAUAUGCUAUCACUUCUCAAAAGUCCUCCUCGAGAGGGGAUGCAAUGUUGUCAUGGCCGACCUUUCUCUACGGCCUGAGGCGAGCGAGUUGCUGAAGGCCUUCCCUUCUCAGGCGUUAUACCAGCCGACUGAUGUCACGAAAUGGGAUCAACUCGAUCACGCAUUCGAGGUUGCUAAGAAGGAAUUUGGAGGGUAUGACAUCGUAUGUCCUGGUGCUGGAGUGUACGACCCGCCCUUCUCGAAUUUCUGGCACCCAGCUGGCACGGCGUUGUCAAAAGAUGUGCAUAGCGCAAGUCGCUUCGCAAGCCUUGACAUCAACUUGACGCACCCAAUCUACGCAACGCAACAAGCCAUUACACAUUUCACAAAGAACAAGAAACUGGGUUCCAUAGUGCACAUCUCAUCUAUCGCUGCACAAGGCCCAGUUUUGUCGGUGCCCAUGUACUGUGCAGCCAAAGCUGGGAUAUCUCAUUUCGUCCGGUCACUCGCGGGUCUCGAGAAACCUCCAGCCAGUACCGACUUGGCUAGUAUCCGUGUGACAGCAGUUGCACCAGGGGUCAUUAAAACUCCCCUGUGGACAGAGCAUCCAGAGAAGCUUGCGUGGAUUGAUGGCGCAAAAGACGAGUGGGUAGAGCCUGAGGAUGUUGCGCUGGCAAUGCUCAGUCUCGUUGAGAAGGAAGAAUAUGUUGGAGGAACGGUUUUGGAAGUCGGAAAAGGUCAAACAAGAGAGGUUCAUGUUCUCAAUGAUUCUGGGCCGUCUGGCUCGGGACAUACCGUUAGCGGCUUGGGUAAGGGCAUCGACGAGGUUUGGGAGAUUCUUUCACAGAAGAAGCAUGGCUGA